UGAUAUACGCCCCACUCAGUUAAGAUUCAGCCGAGCUGAGGGUCACUUGGCAUUGGACGUCGGCUCACCGAGCUUGAUUGCCGAAUGCAACAUCAUACAACAUUUUGUCCAGGUGGAAUUUGACCAAUUUUAGUUAUAUGGGGUUCCGACAGUUGGAGAUUAUUGCGUGCUUCGUAACUGCUGUGGCAUGUUUUUACGAGCAGCCGCAGAUUGAAGUAGAGCCCAGAGGGUACCGGAUUGAUCUUCAGCCCACCCUGCAGCCCGGUGACAGUCUGUUCAAAGGAAGAGUAAGAAUUGACAUUGUAAACCGAGGCUCAGAGGCAGUCACUGAACUUAAACUGAAUGCACACUCUUCGUUGUCGAUUAAUGAAAAAGAUGUCAAACUCAUCAGACUGGCUAAUGCAGAUCUGUCUGAUGAAGAAUCCGAUGAAGACAUCCCAACAUCUGUGAAUAAAGUGGAGAAAAAGGACGAUUUGUUAAUUGUAUACUGUUCUCAAAAACUGCAACGUGAUGCAACUUAUCAGUUGGACAUUCAGUACGAGGGUAAAUUGGGUAGCGAUCCAUCAAGUCCAAUUUACCAAAGCUCAUACACAGACAAAGAAUCAGGAGAAUCAAGACCAUUCUUAGUGUUAAGCCCAAGAAUCGGACAAGCAAAAGAGGUGUUCCCUUGUUUUGAUCAACCUUUCCUCAAAUCAUGGUUUGAGCUGAGCGUCGUUCAUAAACGGGGCUUCACUGCACUUUCAAAUAUGCCAGUGUUGGAGCAAUCAAAUAUUUCUCGAGAGGGUGAUUUAAUAAGAGAUCAAUUCUCAAGGACUCCCUUAAUGGCAGUCAACUCUUUGGGAUUGUUCAUUUCAGAUUUUAAAAUGCCUGAAGUUGAAUAUUUACAAACAGAUGGAAUAAAAAUUGGUUUGUGGGGUAGAGCAGAUUUUGUUACAACACUUAGUAAAGCACAGCAGCUGCUUCCUUCUGUUCUUGUUUCUUUGGAAUUGUACUUGUCAAGACCUUAUCCUUUGCCUCAUUUAAAUCUCAUAGCCCUUCCUGGUUUCUCUGAAGAUAGGCCAAAAAAUUCAUGGGGCUUGCAAUGGUUUCGGGAAAGCGAUCUAAUGAAUACAAACUCAUACUGGUUGACGCACAGAGUCGCCAAAGCGGCUGCAAUGCAGUGGCUAAGUCAUUUGGCUUCUCCAGUAAACGACUCUGUCGUAACAUCCGGCCUUGCAAACUUCCUGGCAACAAAUGUCGCUCAACAGCUUGAACCUACCACAUACUACUGGCAUCUUGGAAGCUUCCAUACUUUAGUUUUAGAAUUGGGAAAGCCCAGGAAUUAUGGGCUGGACAGUGAACAAAAGAGGUCAUUGCUGGAAAGCAGAGUUUUCUUGCUGAUUCAAAUGUUUGAGCAAGUUUUUGGAGCAAACACCUUCAAACAGUCUAUCCAAAAUUUCUUAGCAAAGAAGGAAUUCAAGGCUUAUUCUGAGGAUGAUCUUUGGCAAGUGAUAACAGAGCAAGCAUGGGUCGACAAAAAGUUGUCAUCUUCUAUUUCUCUGAUAGAAGUGAUCCCACCGUGGCUCAAUCAGAGAAUGCCGCUUGUAACUGUUGUGUCGAAUUAUGCAACAAAUAUUACAACAGUGACCCAGGAAAAGUACGUUGACAAUCUUGAGAGCAGUUGGUCGAAAGUGGUGAAGAAGAGCGGUGUCAAUAAACAGAGUGGUUGGUGGCUUCCACUUGUCAUCGUCCAAGGAAACCAAGACCCAGAAACAAUUGGAUGGCUCAAUCCAGAACAGCAUUCCAUUGAAUUCAAUAAUAUUUCAACAACUAGUUAUUUGAUUGCAAAUCCUGGCAGUACAGGCCCUUACCUUGUAAAUUAUGAUAGUGAAGGAUGGAAAAACUUAGCUAAGAAUAUGAAAUCUCUACCUGUAACAUACAGGGCACAAUUGAUUCACGAUUCUAUGACAUUGGCACUGUCAGGACAUCUAAGUACAGUCACUGCACUGGAAAUUUCUGCAGCGCUUAAAACUGAACAAGCACCUGAAGUUUGGAGGACGUUCUAUCCUCUUGCUGAGAGGUUGAGGGAUCGUUUCCAGGGAACUUCUGCAGCCCACAAUUUAGAUGCUUAUUUAAAAGGAUUGUUAAUUCCUGUUUUGGACGCAUUGGGAGAAGAAGACAAGUCCUCUUGGAAAACCGAACUUAGAGUUCGAACAAGGCAUCUUCUAUGUCAAACAGGUUUUACACCUUGCAUCGACAAUGCAAGGACAUUGUUCGCCACUUGGCUUAAUGCUUCUCAUCCUGAUGAUGGAAUGCCAAUUGCCAGCAGUCAUCUUUGUCCAGUCAUGGCCUGGGGAAGCUACGACGAGUGGCAAUUUGCCCUAGACAGGUUGCACCACUUCCCACCCAACAGGUCAAAAGCGGAGAGGACUUUCCUCAUGAAGACAGUCGCAGGUUGCCCACACGAUCCGAAAAAAUACUACACGCUUUUCAACAUAACUUUCUUGAACCGGAAAAAUCAGAUUUUCUCGGACGAAGACAGAUUUAUCAUCCUUUCGGCAAUUUCCGGUGAAAGCAUUGGCUAUACAACGUUGUUCCAUUUCCUCAAAAAUAACUGGCAUGAUAUGAAAAAGCGCAUUCAAGGAAACUUGUGGGAUUACUUUAUCCAAACAGCAAUGGGCAAUUUUAGAACAGAAGAAGGCUUGAAAGAGAUAACAGAGUUGCUCGACGAAAGAAAAUCCGAAAUGGGCACUGCACUUAAGACUGCUGAAGAUAGCGUAAGUAGAGUAAGAAGUAGGGUAAAGUGGGCUAAAGAAGCAACACCCGCCGUCGAAGCCUGGCUUAACGCCACCAUGGAAGUAUCUUGGACACCACAGAGAUUCAAGUUUCAAGAUGUCGUCGUCGUCUCCCACAGUAGAAAGAGCAUGGGAUGAGAUUUAUAAAACAACUUGUUUAAAAUACUUGUUAACUUAAGAUGUAUUUAUAAAUAAAUUAAAUUACAAAACCAG